GAGCAGUCCAUUCUGGGUUGGCACGUACGCUCGUGACGUCGGACGGGUGGAGUUGUGAACAGUGAGAAGGUUGAGAACGUCACGUGACCAAAGUCAAGAUGGCGGCAAGGUUUCUCGUCAUUGUGUUUCUCGGACUCGUCUGCCUUGCGCGUGCUCAGAAUAUCGAGAUUCCUAUUGGCGAACACUGUGUGUACACACCGGUCGACGCAUUCUUUGUUAUGGAUGGAUCCGCUAGCGUGGGCUCCGCUGGAUGGGAACAGGCAACCAACUUCAUGUCGUCCGUCAUCGAACCCUUCGAUAUAGGCACGGACAAUCUUCAGGUCGGUCUGGUUCGGUAUUCCAGCGACGCCAAGGUGAUGUUUAACUUAAACAGAUACCAAAACAAAGACGAGCUGCUUCAGGCCAUUAAGGACAUGCAGUGGUUCGGCGGAGUGACCAACACGGGUGACGGCCUGUUGAAGAUGAGAGACGCCAUCAUGGAUCCGAAUUUGGGGUCGAGGCAAGGGACAAGAAAAGUCGCCUUCGUCAUCACCGACGGACGGUCAAACACCGGACCGCCCGUGGUUGACGUCGCUCCUACUGUCCACGCUCUCGGGAUAACGGUUGUGGCGAUCGGUGUCGGUGACGCCGUCUUGGCGGAGCUGGAGACCAUUGCCUACCCGUCAAGUAACGUGCUUUACGUCAGCGAUUUCGGAGGUCUCGCGAGAAUCCGGUCUAAUUUGACGCAGGUUAUAUGUCACGUGGACGCAGGUUGGGGUCAGUGGACACCCUGGUCCCUCUGUGACCGUACAUGUGGCGAGGCUAUACAGGUGCGUACCCGGCUGUGCGACAGCCCUCCCCCGUCUGGAGAGGGUUCCAAGACCUGCCAGGGCCCCUACGAGGAGAUCCGCCCCUGUAACCUUCAACCCUGCAUUGUUCCAAUUAACGGCAACUGGGGGCAGUGGCUGUCUUGGGGCGCCUGCAGCGCCUCCUGUGGUCCAGGACAACAAUUUAGAUCGCGCCUCUGUGACAACCCCGCCCCUCAAAAUGGCGGGCUAUCUUGUCCAGGUCCGGCGAAUGAAGGCCGCGACUGUUUCAUCGCUCCCUGUAUCACCGAUGGCAACUGGGGAGGCUGGGGCGCCUGGACCCUCUGCAGCGCCACAUGCGGCCUUGGCGAACAGAACCGUUUCCGAGAAUGCAACAACCCUCCACCUUCCCCCGGAGGCGCCUCGUGUCCCGGAUCAAACGUCGAUACGACAUCUUGCACCGUGGGAAGCUGUCCCGUGGAUGGUGGAUAUGGCGCCUGGAGUGUGUGGACUCCCUGCUCUGCUCCGUGCGGACCCGGUAUUCAAACACGUGGUCGGUCAUGUGACUCGCCAGCGCCAGCUUUUGGAGGACGGCCCUGUGUUGGCCCAAAUUACGAAGAGACUGUUUGUAAUCUAGGCGCCUGCUCCAUAAACGGUAACUGGGGUCAAUGGACUGAAUUCAGCACCUGCUCCGCGCCCUGUGGCCCAGGCGAACAGACACGCACGCGCGCUUGUGAUUCUCCUGCUCCUGCAUUUGGGGGACUCACAUGCCCCGGACCCUCCACCGAAUCGAUCUCAUGUAAUCUUGGCGCCUGCUCCAUCAACGGAAACUGGGGCCAGUGGACCGAUUACAGCGCAUGCUCAGCGCCCUGUGGCCCUGGCGAGCAGACACGCACGCGCGCUUGUGAUUCUCCUGCACCUGCAUUUGGGGGACUCACCUGUCCCGGACCCUCCACUGAAUCGAUCUCCUGUAAUCUUGGUUUCUGUCCCGUGAAUGGUAACUGGGGUCCUUGGACAGAAUACAGCACGUGUUCCACCUCUUGUGGAACAGGGGAGCAACGGCGCACGCGCACUUGUGACUCUCCCCCAGCACAAUAUGGCGGCGCUCCUUGUCAGGGGCCUAGUGUAGAACUGCUUGUUUGUAAUCUAGGUCCCUGUGCUAUUGACGGCAACUGGGGUGCUUGGGCAGCGUGGACUGGUUGUGACGCCGAGUGCGGUCCUGGAAGGAAGUCACGUGGUAGAAUUUGUAACGCACCAGCGCCAUCUUUCGGUGGACGACCCUGCGAGGGACCAGCCAUAGAUUAUACCGAUUGCAUGAAUAAGGCUUGUCUAGUAAUCGUCGACGGUAACUGGAACGUAUGGAAUGGCUGGACGGCCUGUACCAAGAGCUGCGGUGGUGGCGCCACCGUGAGGGCCAGACACUGUAAUGCCCCUGGCCCCCAGAACGGCGGCAAGGACUGCCAAGGCCCACAGGUCGAAAUCCUUUCAUGUAACAAGAACCCUUGCCCAGUGAACGGUAACUGGGGUCCCUGGUGUUGUGGGUGGGGCGCCUGCUCUGCUAGCUGUGGUGGCGGCGUUCAGUCUCGUACCCGACAGUGUGCCAUGCCUGCACCAGCACACGGAGGUCUGCCUUGUCAGGGCCCGAAUGUUGAGACACAGGCGUGCAAUGUGUUUCCUUGCUUGGUUCCUACCGGCUGGGGAGAAUGGGGGCAGUGGAGUCGGUGUUCCGCCUCGUGCGGCCCUGGCAUCCAGGGCAGACGUCGCCAGUGUGUCAACCCUCUACUGCCCUGCGUUGGCUCAGACACGGAGACAGCGGCAUGCAACCUCGGCCCCUGCGUCCGUCCCUGUCGAGAAACAACCCACGUGUCCACCUCUGCUUGCUCCUCCAUCACCGGGAACGGCGUCUCCAUGUACUCCUACCUCUACACCGUACCUAACGUCUACCUCAACUGCCAAGGCGGCUCCGUCUACAUUGUCAACGCAUGCUCCACCUUCGGCAUCUCCGAAUACUGCUCACCUCUUCCUUCUGUCUCGAAACUUCUCCAGACAUCUUGCAACGGGAAGUCCGCGUGUGUUAUAAAGCGACCUUGCGACAUGGUGCUGUCCGGCACGCUGAAGAUAAACUAUAGAUGUACUUGCUGAGGUUGAGGUCUUUUCGACGUGGCGUUGCCACUCGGUUAGGUUCGGGUGACGCCGUACAUUGACGGAAACAGCCGAAAUUACCCGAGUGUCGCCAGCGCUUUUCACGUAAAUUGUUCAGGGUUGGUUGUUUGUUGACGGUGCGUUGCAGUAGAGUUGAAACUAAUUUUUUCUCUCUGUGACUUUUGUAUGUUGCUUUUCUUUACUAUGAGCUUUAAUUUUUGGUGCUACACGUGGGCACAUAUAUUUAUAUAUCUUAGCUUGGCAAUGUUUACAUUUUUCCAGCAAUAGAUAGUGUCAUUCUGACAGCAUAACAAACCAGUGUCAACAUGACAUCGAAUCGACGUCAUGUGCCUGUUGCGCAACAAGUUAUAUAAUAUUUGAUGUAUAAUCUGUCAUUUAAGUUUUAUAGCAUGAAGGAUUCUCACAACAAUAAAUAUACUGUAUUUAUUCUAUGGCGUGUUUUGCUGAUAUAUUUUACAUGUACGUGUGACAUCCCUUCAAAUAGAAAUAUUUUCCUCCUUUCUUAUUGGUAUACUGAGCAUUAUGUAAUAUAACAUUGAAUACCCUAAAGAGCAGUUUGAAUAAAUAUA